AAAGGGAAGGAAACAAGGAGCCAAGCGGGAGGAAAUAUUAAUCAGAUGCAAUAUAAACAGUGGGAGAUGCUUGUCCCCACCCAGUUGAACCCAAAGGCUGAAUCAGGAACUAGCCAAGGCAGUUGAUAACACGAUGGAGAAGAAUGCAUACACCAUGGCCGCCUUGGGCCUAAACACCAAGGAUAGCCUUCAAUCAAAGCGGGAUUGUGGCUUCUACAUGAAAUAUUUCUUCCUCUUCCUCUCCCUCAUCCAGUUCCUUAUCAUUCUGGGAUUGGUGCUUUUCAUGAUCUACAGCAACCCCCUAAAAAGCACUGAGAAUCACAUCAAGGACCUGAAAGCCCAGCUGCACGAGAGUGACAAUAAGACCAAAGCCCUCAACGAAGAGAUGGGCAAACUCAAGUACCAGCUGAAUGCCACGGAGAAGGAAGCUCGUCAGGUGCAGACCCAAAUGUUCAAAUUGAACGGCACCUUGAGGACUUGCAACAUUGACAAGGCAAAGCUGAAGGAACAACAGAUCAGCAAUACAGCAGCUCUCAUAGGGGCAAAUGAAAGUAAAUUCAAUUUGCAGCUUUUGAAUAUUACUUGUGUUGCACAAGUGAGCUCUCUGGAGAAGCAGCUGGUGGCCUUGGAGCUGAAAGGCCAGAGGGAGCGAGAAAGCUUAAACCAGGACAGGAAUUCUUGGCAAGGGAAAGCCGAGACGGCAGAGAAAGAGAAGAAUGAUUGCCUUCUAGAGAAAGUCCGGCUGGAAACGCGGGAACAGAAGUACCAGGAGCUGAAGACCACCGUGGUCCAAGAGUUAGAACCUGUCCUUAAGAAGUUCAAGGCUUCAGCGGAUGAAUUUUUAAAUUCCUAUGAGAGCCGUGGCUGUUACCGCCAUGAUAUUGAAACCACGUUCCGCUCUACGUUCAGAAAUCUGCAGGGCCACCUUGAUACGAUGGCACAGCAAAUUGACCAGAAGGCCAACGAGGUGACUCGAGAGAAUGCCCUGUUGCAAAGCCAGAAGGCUGCUUGUAACCAACGCGUGCAGGAGCGGGACCAGCAGAUCAGCCUCCAGCAGCAGCAGUUUGAGUGGCAGAAGCAGGCCCUCCAGGAAUCCCAAGAAAACCAAGCUCAGAAAAUAAGAGGCGAAUACAGGAAGAUGCUUGACGAGAAUGAAAACUUGAAGCUCCAGCUCCAGCAGACCAAGCAGGCCUGCAUCGGCUUGAGGACUUCAGCUCCGGGCAACACGGCUUUGAGGAACCCACCUAAUCCUUUUGGCACCUUUCCGAGAAGUUUUGGUAACACAGGAAGCCUUGGGAAUCCUGCAGGAAGCGCUAAUGCCUUCAGCAGUUCAAGCCUAUUGGGGAGGCCAAGUUCACUGGCUCAGCCGAGUUCUGGAUCUCAGCGAAAUCUAGGCACUGCUGAACAAAGCAAAUUCCAGGAGAUCUUGAAGGCUGCUGCAGACAGUGGGAAGUUGUCCAACUUAGUACCGGUGAAUCCAGUGGGGCAGCCCAAGAGCUAAAGGAAACAUUGACAAAGACAACUAAGAAUUCAAAACAGCUCCUAAGGAUAAGACUGAAGUGUUGAGUUGGGACAGGAAAACAUUUACCUCUGUGGAAAAGACUUCAAGCAGUAAUUGAAGAGAGAAGGCGGCCUGGGAAAGCUUUGGAGUGGAUCUCAAGUUAGGAUCCUGCCCUCUUCUCUAACAUAACUGACAGUUAAUUCUAGCUCAGUCUUGCACCCUGAUGUCUUUUACUGAUCCAACAUUGAUUUCUUUCAGUAUCUUUGGGUUCAUACAAAAAUCUUACUCCUUCAUCAGGUUGAGGGUCUAUUGAUGAAAAUUCCACAUCACUCCUUCUGUCUCAGGUUUCUUUACUUGUUGAGUUAUGGCAAGGAUAGAAUGUAAUCCCUGUGACAUCAGCCAGGUGAGAUAAGAAGGCAAUCAGUCAAUAUUUUCAGGGAUUUCAUGCCGCUCCUACAUUCAUUCAAAAUGAAAGCAAACAGGAUGGAAAUUGUAAGUGCACUCUUCACAUAAAUGAGGAGUUAUUGUUCCUGCAGUUUUGUAAGAUACUGUGGCAUAUUUAUGUAUAUAGCUUUAUGUAGGCAUGCACACAUAUAUUGGAGAAGUUGUGUUUCUCUUGAUUAUUAGCUGGGAUGAAGGUCCCCUAUUCAUCACUGGCAUCUGAUUAUCCAGUCCACUCUUGUAAGUUGAUUACAAUUACCGUGUGUCUGAUAGCAAAGGUGAAAAGCUCUCCCUCUACAUUAAAACUCUGAAGAAUUU